AUGGCUCGGAGUACUUCAAAUUUGUUGAUAAAUGUGAACGAUCUGUUGCGACUGCAAGGAGUAGAGAAACAAAGAGUUGAGUUUAAGGAAGCAUGGCAUGGAAAACGAGAGGGCGGCACGUAUUGGCAAGUCGUUCACACAAUUUCGGCCUACGCCAACGACUUCUUCAACGACAAUGGCGGAUACAUUAUCAUCGGGGUUGAUGAGAAGGACAAGAAAGAAAGCUGGGAAGAUUCUGACGAUCGACAAACCAACUAUCCUCCACUCGGCGUUCCAGCAAAGGAACUUGAUCAAAUACAGAAGGAAAUAAAUGGAGCUUGCAGGGCUCAAAUAAAGCCAGAGUAUCGUCCUAUAAUCUCACCUGAAGUGAUCGAGUGCACUGGAGGAAUAACGAAGCAUGUGCUGGUUAUCUGGGCCAUGGCUUCUGAUAACAAGCCUCACACAUGCAGAGAAAGCGAAAAAGGAAGGGAUCUUUAUUAUGUGAGGCAAGGAACAGAAACCAAGAAGGCGACUCCUGAACAAAUCGAAGAACUAUUGCGCCAAGGAAAUAAGAUUCCAUUUGAUGACAGGAGGGCAAUUGACUAUGGUAAGAAACUGAAGUAUUUUUCAUCUGUUACGGAAAGAUAAAAUAAAAACUUCAACAGUUUUUAAGGCUUUUCUGAGUUCUCUUCAAUUUGCAUACUGAGAUAGAAAUGGGGGAGAAAUACGUGACUGAUCAAUAAUAACUACUCAUUUGACCGCCAAAACCAGAACCUUUUGCGUAAUAUACCAAUUUUUCACUUUCUGUAAACGCUUAGGGAUUCCAAAUCAAGAUAAAAAUAUUUUCCAAUAGAAAUUGGUAUUUUUCAAAGAGAAAUAUGGAAAAAUAUCGAACGGCAGAACGUUUAGUUAUUCGAAGACCGUGUCCGGUCGUGUCCAAAGAAAAUUCUCGAAGUGUCACGUUUAGAUCUCUUUGCACUCUGUGUGCUGGGUCGGCGAAACUGACAACGUUCGAAUUUCUUCACUUUCUAGAAGCACUUGAGGAUUUCAAAUAAAGGUAGAUGUUUCAAAGAGAAAUAUGGAGUUGUUUGAGGACCGUUUCCGGCGAACGUAUGAAUUAAGUAUUCUAGAAGUGAAAUAUGUCUGUGAACUUGCAAUUAGUAGUCUUGCAGCAAAACUUGCAUUGUAAAAAUUAAAGUGACUGAAGUCUCGAGGUUUUUACGGUCUCUCUUCGCGACUUUGCUCGAAAGCUUUCAGAAAAUCACGGAGAAAUCCAGAAUGAUAUUAACAACAAUCCAACUCUGCAGAAUAACAAAAUGCACACCUCAGGUGGUACACAACAAUGGCUUAAAAUAAUAUUCUGCGUUUAUGAAAUUUCCGAUUCCAAAAUUCAUCAUAUUUAGACGCUCGAUCCAAAUCUUUCUUCGCCUGCAGCGCCAAAUUAUAUUAUUUUCCAUUCCGAUUUCACGCUUCGCCUCACAGUUGCUCAAAAAAGAAAUGCUCUGUAACGAGAUAAUCAUCGUUUACAAUGUUUCUGUGGGUAUUGAAAAACCGUGGAACGGCUGACCGCGGAACCUCCGGAACCCUAUAAUGUUUUUGAAAGAAUAGUGAUGAAAUAAAAUGAAAACUAAAAAGAACUUUACAUUUAUAUUGUUUGAAAGUUCGCUUUCAGGUGUAAUGAACAUUACGUUAAAAGGAGAAAUAUGUUUUAACUGUCCUUGACGUCCAACUUUAACUGUGGCGACAGUUACCGUACGAGGGCAUCUAAUGUCAUAAGGAGCACUCAGCAAUCACCUUCAAAUAAGCUGAUUGAGGCUCACCUAGUUUGAAAAUCAAAAAAGGCUAGGGUGAAAAAUAUACAGCCCAAAAUUAUUCUGAAAACUUAAAAGAAGCUCAGCUCAUAAAUUAAUUGUGUGUCAGUAGAGGUUUAGUGAUCCGUUUUCUUACUUUUGAACAGGAUGUGGGAAGAGGUUGUCCGAAGAUGACAUAGACUUCAGCCUUGUGCAGAAAUUCUUGAAAGAAAUUCAGUCUAAAUUACAAGAGCACGCUGAUGAGAAAAAGCCAGCAUAUUUUUACGACAAAUUGAAACUAUUGCGAUAUGUUGGAGACAAGAGAAUUGGCGACCAACUAUACAAAGUCUGGGUGCCACGAAAUGUGGCCCUUUUGCUCUUUAACCCAUCACCACACGAAUUCUUUAGAGGGGCGAAAACAGAAAUUGCUAUAUAUACUCAUGACAAUGAGACAGAAGAAAAGUGUAUCACAGGACCAAUAGAUCAACAGAUUCGAGAAGUAUUAUCUUUCAUUUUGAAGACUACUAAAGAGGAAGCUUGUCAUGAAUUUGUUGCCUAUCCCGAGCGAGCACUUCGUGAAGCGGUAGUAAAUGCCUUCCAUCAUAGAGGUUACGAAGACUACAACUGCGAUCCCAUAAAAAUCCAUAUCAAGCCAGACUACAUUGAUGUCAUAAGCUAUCCAGGUCCAAGUCCCUCUCUUACAAAGGAGCACUUCAAAGAAGGAGGUGAAGUGCCGUGUGUUCCUUCAAGGAACAGGAGGAUUGCAGAGUUCCUGAAAGAAAAGAAACUGGCUGAGGCACGAUUCACGGGAGUGAAGACUAUCUUCAAGUCUAUGAAACAGAACAGGAACCCCAAGCCAGCCUUUGACUUUACUUCAGAACAAUUUCGCGUUCGCCUUCCUGGCCAUCCCAAGUACAUAGCUUACUCAGUUAUUCGAAAAGUCGACAAUCUGUGUGCUAAGGGUGACAAGCAGGAUGCAGUAAAUAUCCUCAAGGAUUUUCUUGAUGAGAAUCUUUCCACGUGUCCAGACAUGAUUAUUCGCAAAUUGCUCGAGUUGUUUGACAAUGACCAAACUCAUCCCGACGUUCAACCAUACCAAAAGUUUAUUUCUGAAAAGUUACAGCGAACCAGUCCACUGAUUACAGAGCUUUGCAAAUGGUGUGUCAGUGAAGAAAUGCCAGACAUUUCCAUCGGAGUCGAAAUUGUGAAUAAACUAGUGAAAGAAGGUGCAACCAGUGAUGAUCUCGAUUCCGUUAUCAGAAAGGCCGCUGAUUUGUGCCAAAGGCGAAGCAAUAAUAGAGAACAAGUGUUAGAGGCUGCACAAAAUGCUCACAAGUUGUUUGAGGCAAUGGGUGCCGAUAUAACUCAAACGAACGCCUUUGCUGCUUUUCAGUUCGCAUGUUGCAAAUUCACACUGUACGUGAAGAAAUGCCGUAGCGAACGACAAAGGAAAGAUCUGAUAUGUUACCUCAAAGAAGCUGAGGAUUACGUCCACAAGGCAAAACAGCUUACUAGUGACGAGUACAAACAUCACUUAGCAAAUCAAUAUCGACAACUUGGCUACAUUCACUCGCAACUCUUUUUGAUCCAAAAGUCUACGGUGGAACGGAUCAAAACUUUCUACGACAAGGCUAGACAUUACAACUCUGAAAUCAAAAUUAACAAUAUCUUCAUUCCAGCGGAGCUCCGUUCAUUUUACAUGCCCUUAGGAAGUCCAACAAGAGAAAUUAACAGUUUUGAUGCUAUUGAGUAA